AUGGGUUGUACCGAGUUUCCCCGCAUCAAGGAGAUCCGCACCUUCAUCAUCGAUGGUGUCGGCUCCGGCGGUGAUUACCACAAUGUCAAAGGUGGCCACUGGCUCAUCGACAGCAACAUCUCCACUCCCAUGACCAAGUGGGCGGAGUACCGCGGCUCGCGCACUUCCUGGGGAAUCAAUGUUUUGGGCUCUUUCUGCGUUGAGAUCGAGGCCACAGAUGGUACUAAGGGUUUCGCCACCGGUUUCGACCCCCGUGAUACCAACAACUUGUUCGAGAAAAUGUACAGGGCCUCUAUGUUCUACGGCCGUAAGGGUCUGCCUGUGGCCGUGAUCUCGGUCAUUGACUUGGCCCUAUGGGAUCUGCAGGGAAAGAUCCGCAAUGAGCCUGUCUAUAAGCUCAUUGGUGGUGCGACUCGCGAGCGUCUUGACUUCUACUGCACCGGACCCCAGCCUGCGUCUGCCAAGUCUGCUGGCUUUAUUGGUGCCAAGGUGGCUCUUCCCCACGGUCCUGACGAGGGCACCGAUGGUCUGCUCAAGAACGUUGAGUAUCUUCGUCUGCAGCGGGCUAGCGUUGGCCCUGAUUUCCCUCUGCGUGUUGACUGCUAUAUGUCUCUUACCGUCCCCUAUACUAUUGAGCUGGUAAAGCGCACUGAGCAGUUGGGUCUGAACAUUGACUGGUGGGAAGAGUGCCUGACUCCCGAUGACUUCGAUGGUCACGCUCUGCUGAAGCGUGCUCACCCUACUGUUAAGUUCACCACUGGCGAGCACGAGUUCUCUCGCUAUGGUUUCCGCAAGCUGGUUGAAGGCCGUAACCUCGAUAUCAUCCAGCCUGAUGUUAUGUGGCUUGGUGGCUUGACUGAGCUUCUGAAGGUCUCUGCCCUUGCUGCUGCCUACGAUAUCCCCGUCGUUCCCCAUGCCUCCGGACCCUACUCCUACCACUUCGUCGUCUCCCAGUCCAACAGCCCCUUCCAAGAAUACCUGGCCAAUUCUCCUGAUGGCAAGUCCGUCCUGCCCGUCUUCGGUAACCUCUUCACCAAUGAGCCCAUCCCUGUCAACGGAUACCUUGAUGUUUCGAUUCUUGAUAAGCCUGGAUUUGGUCUUGAGCUUAACCCUGCGGCACCUCUCAUCUCAGGAGCCACCCUGCUGAACCCUGCGCCCCAGAAGGCUCUUCGGGCUCCGGAUGACGAGCAGGCCAUCAACGGCUCUUCCGCCUAA